AGAUUCGACCACCUAGAUUUUAACAGUUUAGAUACUUUGAAUGUGUGAACCUGUUCAAUUUUGCUUGUAGAAAUGGAAGAUAAUGUAGAUGAUAAUAAAAUAAUUGAUAGUUCGUCACAAUUUUUAGAGUUUCGUUAUAAUUUCAUCAAUACACCAUGGGACGAUCGAUCGAACAAGAGCAAAGCAAGUGUUAUAGCAUUAUUGGUCUCUAUUUUUGUAUUAACAAUGGCGCUCGUCAUAAACAGCUUUAUAAUGCACUAUAGAGGCUUUAUAUCUGUUAGAAAAUACAACAAUAGUGAAUUAAGUUGUUUUCGUGUAAAAAUGGACGAUUAUAAGUUUGUUGCAAGAAUCCACUCGGCCACUACACAACAGCUGUUGUGCGUUGCGGCUGUAGUCAGCUCCACGUCAGUUCUAGCUAACGGCGUAUGCGUCAAGUCUGGGCCUGUGCGAAUGUAUCUGGGAAGCGUUACCAAUCCACGAUGCAAAAAAGGUUUCUCUGUUGAUGUAACAGAACCUAUACCCCAUGACGGAGUAGUUUCCAAAAGGCUAGUUCUUUUAUCUAGUUACGAAAAUAUAGAGGGGUGUUCAGAAGUGAUACCGAUCGGUAAAAAGUUGGAUUGGAGCGCAAAAGUCCAUAUACUUGGGCGUCCUACGAGUGUAGGAAGAUCUUUAUCGAGACAACACGUUAGCUUGAGCGACAAAGAUGGAACGUCACAAUCAAAAAAUGUUAAAUCAAAUAGUAACAGUUCGAUAUGUGUAAAAGAUCUAGCACGAUGCCCUGUGAGAACUGGAGACCUCAUGAUGCAAUAUGGUCAUCUGUUUGGAUUGGCGGCAACAAGCGCACAGCGUUUUAAAGUGGCGUGCUUUGCUGAUUUGAGCAUAGUUAAACGAGAAUUAAAAGAGCUCGACUCAGAUAUUGGAGUAGACUUACCGUAAUUUAAGGUAUCGUUUUGGAAUCCAAUUUUUAUAACCUGCCUUUUAUAUGUUUUCUUAACAUUGUUU